AUGUUGAAAUCAGGGCUUGGAAAAUUUUUAACGGCACAAACCAAGUGUUUAUUCGGCGCUUUGAAGACUGCAUCUUUCGUCAACCUCGGAAUGCCGAAUAGAAGCAAUCAUCUCUAUUUGCAACAUUCUCCACUACUGCUACGAUAUGGAAUUCAAAAUUAUUCAAGCUGUUGUCAUGGAAACAAGAAGAAUGAAAAUCGUGUAAAACCAAGUCUUGAAAAUUCCGAUCAAAAGAUGACAACUACUAUUAAUACAACAACAGAAACAGCACCAAACACCUCUGUAUCACAAAAUUUUGUAAAUAUUGAAUCUGCCAAUACUCCAACUGUUUCAUCAUCUAUUCCUUCAUCAUCGUCCCCAACAACGACACUCUCUCCUUGGACAAGUAAAUUUUGGCAAUGCAAACAUUCAUGGAAACGAGCCUCGUUCAAUACAUUGAAUUGUUUGAUUGGAUGUUCCAUUGGCGAUUUCGGAAUGUUAUGGUUUCUAACCAGCCAAUAUCCAACCUUAUCGAUGGCUGCCAUUAUGCCCAUCUGCAUGGCUUCAGGAAUUGCCACAAGCUUAGCCCUAGAAACUACCAUUCUGAAAUGGAAGGAAAACUUUUCUUCUGUUUUUGAGGCAUUCAAAGUAGCAUGCAAGAUGAGUUUCUUCAGUAUGGCAAUUAUGGAGCUCUCUGAAAAUGUUGUAGAUUAUGCCAUGAUGACUUAUUGGGGGUUGAUUAGUAACGAUGGAACUGGGUGUACAUCCAUGUUGCAAAUUCAUGAGCCUGCAUUUUGGAUUUCAUUAGCGGCAUCACUUUCCAUGGGUUAUCUAGUUCCGUUGCCCUAUAAUUAUUAUCAAUUGAAGAAGCAUGGUAAGAGUUGUCAUUAA